AUGAGUACUAACGAAUCAAAGGAGAGUACAGUAGCAGUAUCCUCCACGUCUCAAUUGACAACAAGUGCCAAAAAGGUUCUGUCUGAUCACACAAAGUCUUCAAAACUGAGCAGUAAGGUGUCAAAAGCAUCCCAUAACACCUAUCCUUCAUCUUCGUCAACCAAAUCAGGAACCAUAUCUGACAAAGAUUUAACCAACAAGAAGUCAUCAGUGCUAACGGCAAGUGUCACCCUACAUUCGCAAUCUAAUGAAGUUGUCUACAAAAUCUUCACUUAUAUCGUUAUUAUACUUCCCACAUUGACAUCAAUUAUCUUCCCAAUCAAUACCAAAACCGUGCCUCAAAACGAGCAGAUUGGAAACUUUGUCAUUGACUUAUUGACUGUUGUGUUAAUUAGCUGGGUAGUAAGGUUUACCCUUGAAUGGCCAUACAAGUGGAUGAAGGAAUUGGAAACGACAAAAACAGAAUUGCUACAACAAUUGAAUGAGGAUGAUUUUGCUAUUGAAAACACCGAUAAGGUGGUUUUGAUGGUUCGCAAAAUCAACACAUUUCAAAUUAUGGCAUUGGUUUGUUGUUUGGUUUCGUCACUUUUAAGUUCGGUUUUGCUCAUAUGGACACGAAAAUACACCAUUAUUGACCAGAAACGUAAAAAGAUGGUUUUCAACAAUGUCAAUAUUGCAUUGUUGCAAUUUUGGUCUAUUUUCAGGAUUAUUAUCACAUUCACUGACUCAUUGCAGUAUUCAUCUUUGAGCAAUAGUAACAGCCCAUUGUAUACACAAAGUCCUAGUUUCCAAACGUGGUUUACUGAUUUGAAACAGUAUUUCUUACCCAACCUCACCAAUCAAAUCUUGUUGGAUCAUUUGCAAGUUCAUAAUAGGCAAUUUGAUAGGUUAAAGUUGGAUUUGGUCAAGUUGCAAAAGGAAUUGGAUAAUAGGGAUCAAGCACAAACACUGAGCCUGCAACGUGAACUUUAUCGUCAGCCAAAACAGCACCAGCAUCAGCAACAGCAGCACCAGCAACAGCAACAGCAACAGCAAAAAGAGCUACUGCGUAAUGGAAAACUACAAUCUCGAACCAAGCACCACUCGCCUCCACCUUCAUUGCUUUUGUCCCUUCUGAAUAAUGCUAAAACUGAACAGCAAGUGGUUACCAAGUUUCACAAUUCGAUUUCGUCAUUCUCCUUGAGUGCACCACCACCAAAAGCUUCACCACUGUUUUCACCAAUGCAAACUGAGAAUAAUCAUUUUCAGUUUGCACCCAUUUCUUCAUUACCCAAACAUCACUCCUUUUCGCAAACGCCUUUGAAAACAAUAGUUGAAGAGGACGAUUUCAUUUUUGAGUCUUUGGAGCCACCUUCAUUCAAUCGAUUUGAACAACACGAGCAUCGUCUUGCAAAUAAAACAAUAUUGGAAUGUACAAGAUCUGUGUUGAAAUCGAUUCGCAAUGAAAUCACAAUUCUGGAUUUAUUCAACAACCCUAGCUCUGUUCGAAAAGUAUUGGUUACCGAGUUGGCGUUUUUAAUGAAUGAGUUUAGAUCUAGUGAUCAUGAGAUUUUCAAAGUGUUUUUAAUGGAAGUGAUUGACAAGUACUUGUUGAGCAUAUAUGUUCAAGUCAUGGACCACUUGGUGAAAAUCUUUACCCAUCCGUUUCGUCAUUUGAUGAAUGCAAUUAUUUGGACUAGUUUCAAAUUACCCAUCCACAUUGCUAAACUAUAUUUCAAAUUGCUUUUAAUGGUGCCUUUCUUAAUCGUUCAAUGGUUUGUGAUUAAACCAGUAAAGUUUAUGGCUUUAUGGGUUAGUUCAUUGAUGAGAACCGUAUUUUCGUUGGUUAUAUUUCAGUUGGCAACCGAUGCAAAUGCUUCAGCCCAAUCAAAUACUGUUAACCAUGUAUCACCAUCACCUCAAAAACCAACCCAUUUCAAACCAAUUGCUCAACUAGACAAGAGUCAUGCUGAUAAUACUCAAUUCACAAUGAAGCAAUUUCAUCUUUCUCCUGUAUUGUCGAAAGAUGAAUAUUUUACCAGAAGUAAUGAUGAAGAGAGCGGAAAGGUACAAGCAAAGUAUAAGAAUGCUCUGUUGAUAUCGAUAACUCCAAGCUCGACAAAAUCUAGCAGUAGUAUUGGCAAUGGCAAUAUACCUAGACAAAGUCCUAAACUAAAUAAUGCAGUUUUAUAUGAUGAAUAA